AUGGCUCGCAAAACCAAAACCUCUCAGAAGCAACAAUCUCGCCUUAAUAGUCUUGACCCCCCUCGAGGAUCAAGGGAGGAGCAAUCUGAAGAUGUGGAAAGGCCCUCAUCUCCAGACACCGCAAUUCAACAUCAGACUCAAUCCCGCCGACGGCCUCCUCCCUUGCCCAUCCCUCAGCACACCUCUGAGCACAACCAUAUCUCAGAGGACGCUUCCAAUCAUUUUCACCCCACUAUUCCUGAUUCCGUGUCUGCACAAACACCGAAUGGGCUCGAUUUUUUGCUGGCAGCUCUUGAGUCUCAGAAUACAACCCACCCCGGGCCCGUGCAGCAACCAGUGAUCAGUAGGGCCCAGCCAAUUACUGCCGGAACUCCUGAAACCGUCUAUGAUAAUAGUUACUCCAUUGAGAAAAUACAAGCCCCUAAAGCAGCCCAGCCUAGCGCCAGAGCAAGCAGAGUAGCCCGAAACAAGGCUCCCACUAAAACAAAGCAAGUGGAAACUGAUUCCGCGACAGCAGAAGCCCGGCCAUUGCCUGGACUUAUCACAUACAAAGUAAAUGUGGGAGGGAAAGCGAAGCCCCGGCUGCUUUCACUUGAUCUAGAAUACGAAGAUUGGAAGAGUGCCAUUUCUGCGACACCUGGAUUACCGGAGAACAAACGCUUCAGGCCAGAGAUCACUUGGAAGCUGGGCACAGCUCCGAAGAUGCAAGACCCGCAGACAGUUGACGAUAAUCAAGAAUACCAGCUGAUGGUGCAUGAAAUAGUCACGCAGCAUGAGAAGGAUGGGAAGCAGCCAGAGGUUGUCAUCAUCAUUCGAAAUUUGCCAGAAAAAGAUCGAAGAAAGACUGGCCAGAAAAGUACAAAGAAGAAGCAAGGAUCACGGAAAGCCAGGAAGAAAAGAUCAAAGACUGGCCGGGAUGACUCCAGCUCCUCUGACAGUGAGACUGACUCUGGCUCCGUGGACUCAACCACGGAUGAAUCCGAUUCUGAUCAUUCACAUCGUGCGCGGCGCAAGAAGCCAGCAAAGCUGGCGCUUUGGCAAAUUGAAGACUUACUCCAUGAGAAGCACCAUUUCUGUGAGCAGCACCUCAAGAACUGCUAUGUCAUGCCAAGUGGAAAGCACCUUUCCCUCACAAAGGCAGUUGCCAAGCGAUGGGCUGGAGCAAUUGAAAGUGGAAUUGCUACACUCAAAAAGCCGCCCGCAUCAGUCCUUUCUACUGCUGAUGGAAUUAUUCCCCCACCGCUAGGUCAUCGCUCCAAUGCAAAAUCAGUUUCUGCUCCUCCGCCACAGCCACCUCCGCCAGCCUCAUCUAUGCCGCAAAUGGUUGUACUACAACCCCCCCCUCCAUACCAUGGUCUGUACCCUAGUCAUGCAUUCCAGAAUGCAUAUGGACAUCAGUGUACCACCUGUGAGCAUGCUGCCGGAUAUCAUGGACGCCAUGACUAUCAUCGACCACACCUGCACUUGGAACAAAAUUUCGGCUCUCAGGCUGUGCAUUCCCAAUGCGGCGCCCCAGAUCUUGCACCAGACAGUGAUGAUUUUUCCCCUCCAUCAGCAAUAUUCCCAUCAAUCACGGAAUGGUUCGAGAGACUUGAAUGUGAUAGGAAUAUUUUCCCUGAUCCUGUCCCCCUUGCUGUAUUUUCGGAGCCAUUGGCCGUACUGGGCUAUUUCCGUCUUGAUGAUCUUGAUCGCACAUGCAGAAAUCCAGGAGGCUUGGAGUCAUUAAAUGUUGGAUUUGCCCGUGGCAUUGCUGAAAAGCUUGGAAAGCUUGUCCGGCGUGAAGUCAAGCACAUUAUUAAUAAGUAUAAUGCACCUAGCCACCACUAG